UUGGGGGGGAGAUCAGUGCGCAAAACAGCGAGCUGGUGUGAGGAGAAAACAUCUCUAGUUUAAAAAACGGGGAUAAAAUUGGGUUAAAUGACACUCAAUUUAUGUUUUAAUUGUAUGAAAAUCGAAAACAAUGUAAUUGAAUUUGUAAAUAUCUUUAAAAAUCUAUCCUAAAAUGAUAUUUUCUGGUUCAACCACGAGGUCCGCAGUGCUCCGUGCACAUGCGUCUUGUUGUUGUUUUCCCUCCGAUUUCCGCCUGAAAACUAAAACCCACGCUCCCUCAUGUUUCAUAACUUCAACCACGCAGAGUGGAUGUGUGAUUGAGAAAGUCCGCCGCAGUAAAAGCUUAACGAAUCCGCAUUUAUGUCAGUAGAACAAGCUGAUGUCAGAUUUUCUGCCCCUGCGCCGCGCGGUGGGAGGAUCUCCGAGCGUUGAGUCACGCAGCUGUCAAAGAUAGCUGUCACCCAGUUUCAGGAUCAAACACAGUCAAUGAGGAAAAGGGCUUUGAGCCGAGGGGACGCGCAGAUCUCAGGUAACCCCUCACCGAGUCUCCGGGACGAGAAGGAGGACGCGGAGCUUCACGCCGAAGGAGGAGAGACGCGUUUUGAUGAAUAAGGGAUUUUCGGAUACACGCUGAAGAAGGAGAAAAAACACAAAUCUGAUUUUUUUUCCCCUGCGAGCAUUUUCGGACGGAGAUGAAGACGAAAAAGGGUCUGAUGAUGCUGUCCGGGAGUGAAACGGAUGAGGAGGAAAGCGUGGAUGCCCCUCUGGACCUGUCGUCCAGCGCCGGGAGCAACGGGAAAAGGAAGCGGCGCGGGAACCUGCCUAAGGAGUCGGUUCAGAUCCUGAGGGACUGGCUGUACGAGCACCGCUACAACGCCUACCCGUCUGAACAGGAGAAAGCUCUCCUUUCCAAGCAGACUCAGCUCUCCACGUUGCAGGUAUGCAACUGGUUCAUCAACGCACGGCGGCGACUUCUCCCAGAGAUGCUGAGGAAAGACGGCAAAGACCCCAACCAGUUCACCAUCUCCAGGAAGAGCAGCAAGGCCGGCGACAGCUUCUCUGACAGCUCCCAGUCCCCCAAACACAGCAGCCCCGCCGCGGGGACGGAGGAGAUGUGCGACAAGCGGGCCCUCCACCCCUCCAGCUUCGACUCCGCCGUGCCCGGCGUCCUGCGGAAGGCGGUGUCCCCUCCCGUAGCCUCUCCGACCUCCCCGUCCCCCUCCCCGGGCCUCGUGCCCACCCGGCCCUCCGUCAUCUGUCACACCACUGUCACCCACCCGACGGCGCCGGGGAUGAACUGCGACAGGGCGGCGGAGCUGCUGCAGUCCUUGCAGGCUCAGGCGCUGUUCCGGUGCCGCGACGACGGACCGGGCGGCCAGCACCAACCGCCCACUACUACUACCAUUCUCAGCACCAGCAUGGAGGGCAACCUGAGCCCCCGCAGCGGGCUCUUCAACACCCCACCUCCCACUCCUCCAGACCUCACACAAGACUUCAGCGGCUUCCAGCUGCUGGUGGAUGUGGCCCUGAAACGGGCCGCAGAGAUGGAGCUGCAGGCCAAACAGCUGGUCUCCUAAAGGAGAACCCCAGACUUUAGAUCUCAACUCUAGAACUCUUUUGUGCACGCAACAAAGAACAAAUCCACAUGAAAGCCUGAUCAUUUCUAUUUUUGGUAUACCAAUCAAUAUGAUGAUGUUUUUUAAUUAAAAGAAAAAAAAGAAAAACAGUAUCAAGGUGCCUUGGCUAUAAGUUGUUUAGUCAUUUCAUAUACAUGCGUAUGUAUCUACAUGUGUAUUUUAUUUGCACACAGGGACCAAAAACGUUAAAGAAAUGCUGCCUGUCUUUAUGUCUUUCCAUGAUGUAGAAUCUGGUUGUGCAGAAGGAGUCCUUUCAGCCCGGUCUCCUCCUGCAGCUCCACAUUUCACCGACCCCUUCACGAAUCGUCUGCCUCACUUGUUUGCACGUCGGAGGCGGAGAGCGGUCAUCUCAGCGUCUUAAACACACUUUGCUCUUGGCAUCGAAAAGAACUUAUUCACUACUGUAAAUGUUUCAUGUGUUUAGUUUUUGUUUUUUUUUUACUUUUAGCAGAUUUUUUGUUGUCAACUCUUCGGUUUUUCACGUCUAAUGUAGCAGGCUCAUAGACUGAGCCUUCACCCCGUCGCUCAGUGAAAACGAUGGCCAGUGGACUGGAAAAUAAAACACUAAGUUCCUUCAUUUCUUUUGCUGUUUCAUGACCUGAAAAGGAGUUUUUUUUCCUCCUUAAAUCACCAAAAAAUACAAGCAUUUUCAUGUAUAUUAGGACCAUGUGUAUAGUCAAUGUGACACGAUGCCCAAUGAUGUGAUUUCUUUUCAUACUGUGCAAUGUUUGUGGCAAAGAUGGGUCACAUGGGAUUCUAAUAAAGUUUUGUUUUUUUCUAUAA